AUGUCUGUUGCUGAAUCUCUCCGAGAGUUUGUGACCGAGCGGCUCGCUGCUGCUACUGAAGACAUUUUGGGAGUUUUGAACAGAACUGUGGUCCAGUACGAGGAAGAGCUGGACCGUCAACGCAGACUGCUGGAUUUGGUUUGGAAACCUCACAUUCUCUUACACAGAAUCGGUAAGAAGAGCCAAGUUUAGACUGAAUAAUGAAGCAGAAGCUCGGUUUAGAUCAGGGCUGCCUCUCCUCUCGGUUUCCAUGUAUAAAUACUGUGAAUAAAGGCGGAGGAACAACCCUGUAUGAGUUCAACAAUAACUGUGCUGUGUUAAUGUGGUGCUAUUGUGUCAGUGGUUCUUAAUCUGCCGUUAACGAUCAGAGGAAGAUCAAGGAGUCCGGGGGACGCUCUCGGACGUUGACCCCGUCCUCUUUUGUUCCCUCGAGCUGUUAUAAUGACCCGGUACCAAAACUCAUCAUGUGGACAGAAAACAGGGGAAAGAAGGGGAAACCUAAGAAUAACAGACAUUUGUGUUGUUGGAAAAAAGGUGGUUUACUGUCAUCUUACGGGUUAGUUUUACGUCCAACUUAUUUGACUCCUACAGGAAGGCCUUAAGUGACUCCUGUACACAAAGCUGAGCCCUUUGAGUUCAUCACAUACCCCCCUGGGUGUCUUCUGUUUGUAUAGAUAUAAACCAGUUUGGCCUCUGUGAGCUCUAUUAAUGGAUACUAUGUUAACUAAUUGCCAUUUUGAUUCUCCUGAAGUACAAAAUGUUUAAAAGUACCUGCUGGAUGUGCUUCCAAGAUGACGACAAAGUACCUUUUAAAUGCUUUUGUAGUUAAGUAAUGUAGACAGAAUGCCUUCUGACUUUAGUUUUGUGAUCUCAGACAACAGUAGAUGUCCAGUGCACAGCACCAACAGUCCUUUUCACUUAGUGCAGAGGAAGACAGGAUAAACAGCUUCACCUCACAAAUGAGGACUCAAUCGCUUCUUUUGAUUAAAUCCUCAGUUUCACACAGCACACACAAAAGGACUUCAUCAGGUUUCGUGACUAGUCCACUACACUGAUGUUUUAAACAAGACCGCAGACACACUGGGUGAAGUUGGUUCUUUCUCUCACGUUGACUUGGUCUCAUAUUUUGUGACUUCAUUUGUGUAAUAUAACUGCUAUAUUCUCAUAAAGUAAUAUUAGUCUUUAAUGCAUUUUAUAAUCUUGAUUUUACUUGUUCUCUUUAUGUUACAACUUAUCUUACGACUCUUUUCUUCAUUGUAUUAAAACUUAUUUUACAUUGUGUUGCUAAUUUUAUGUUGUUUAUCUUGCUAGAGUCGAUCAGUAUUGUACCUCAAUUCUUCAACAUUUUAACUGAAUUGUGUUUAAUAUUACAACUCUGUCCUGAAAAUAUUACAUCCUUCUCAUGAUUCCAAUUCUCUGUUUUCUGUUCCAUCUCAUUGACGUAUUUAUGCUUCUGUGUUCCUGCAGAUCUUCCGCAACAUCAUGACUGUGAGGAGGACGAGGUUGUCUCAGACCUGCAGCCCUGGAACCAGGAGAGGAACUCCAGUCCAGAACAAGAGGACCCAGAGCCUCUACAGAUCAAAGAGGAAGAGGAGGAAUUCUGCACCGGUCAGGACAGAGAGCAGCUGGAACCAAAGCAGGAGACUGAACACUUGAUGUUAACUCUAACCUGUCAUGAACCAGAAGUAAAGAGGGAAGACCAGUUCCUGUCUCACAACUCUCAUGAGGCUGCAAACCAAGAUCCACAGGAAGACAAGCUCACAGAGUCAGAAUCAACUUCAAAAUCAGAACAACAUCCCCCCAAAAAAGUUCACAAAAGAAGAAGUAAGAAGACAAAACAGCCUAAGGUUCAAUCUGAUCCUCAACAAGGUGAAAAGACCUUUAAAUGUGACACAAAUAGGGAAACGUUUACCAGCAAUUCAAAUUUACAGACACAUCGAAGUGUUCCCACUGGUAAGAAGAAGCAUACUUGUGAGAGGUGUGGGGAGAUAUUCAGAUACAAGUAUUUGCUAAAAAAACAUGCAAAAUCGCACACAGGUGAGAGACCGUACUUCUGUUGCACUUGUGGGAAAAGCUUCAGAACGAAUUCCUAUUUAAAAAAGCACAUGCUAAUUCACUCUGGAGAAAAGCUGAACACCUGUGAAACAUGUGGCAAAUCUUUUGUCCUUACAUGUAACCUGAAAGUGCACAUGAGAACACACACAGGUGAGAGACCGUACUCCUGCAGCACUUGUGGAAAAAGCUUCAGUCAAAAUUCGAGUUUAAAAGAGCACAUGCGAAUUCACUCAGGAGAAAAGCUGUUCACCUGUGAAACAUGUGGCAAAUCUUUUGUCAGUACAGGUAGACUGCGAAGGCACAUGAGAACACACACAGGUGAGAGACCGUACUCCUGCAGCACUUGUGGAAAAAGCUUCAGUCAGAAUUCAAGUUUAAAAGAGCACAUGCGAAUUCACUCAGGAGAAAAGCUGUUCACCUGUGAAACAUGCAGCAAAUCUUUUGUCAGUACAGCUAGACUGAAAAUACACAUGAGAAUACACACAGGUGAGAGACCAUACUCCUGUGGCACCUGUGGGAAAAGCUUCAUUGUGAGUUCACAUUUAAGAACGCACAUGGUUAUUCACUCAAGAGAAAAGCUGUUCACCUGCAAAACAUGCAGCAAAUCUUUUAACAGGAAGGAUCGACUAAAACUGCACAUGAGAACACACAGGUGAGAGACCGUACUCCUGCCGCAAUUGUAGGAAAAAGUUCAGUGUGCGUUCACAUUUAAAAACGCACAUGCUUAUUCACUCAGGAGAAAAGCUGUUCACCUGAGAACACACACAGGUGA